AAGCCCAGGCUUGGCUGUGAGUGCUCAGGUGCUGUGGGAGGGAGGGGGGGGCCUCUCAGUGGUGUUGUAUUUCCCUCUGAGUCAGGAUCCAACCCAAGCCCCUUAAUUAGGUGACUGUGAAGAGCUGCCAUCAUGUUCUUCUCGCAAGAGAGCUGUGCUUCAGUUUGUUGCAGCCAAAGCAUUGUUUAAUCCAAACUACGGGGCUGCCUACCUUGAGACCAUUCAACCAGCGUUCCCACACUUGGCCAUUCUCACAUGUGUUGGAGUUGAAGUCCAGUUGCAGUUUGGUUUUGGGAGAAUCUGGAGGCACAUUUGUUCUUUCUUGAUAAGUUUUCAGGACAUCAACGGUCAGCCUUUCAGUGUUAUGAUGUACCCAGCUGGUCCAGGAUCUGGUGACUCCCCAGAAGGCUUCCCUGAACAACCAAGGCUCCAGCCACAAAUUGGAAAUCGCACAACUCAGACACUGGAUGCUUUCUUCACAUGUCGAAAAAAUGUCCUUCUGGCGAAGAGCUCAUCCCCCCAGGUAGAGGGCGACUUUGCCAUGGCCCCUCGGGGCCCUGACCAGGAGGAAUGUGAGGGCCUGCUGCAGCAGUGGCGAGAAGAAGGGUCGAGCCAGGUGCUCUCAACUGCAAGUGAGGGGCCCCUUAUAGAUAAAGGACUAGCCCAGAGCAGCCUGGCACUUCUGAUGGAUAAUCCUGGAGAAGAGAAUGCUGCUUCAGAGGACAAGUGGUCCAGCAGGCAGCUGAGUGACCUUCGGGCAGCAGAGAACUUGGACGAGCCUUUCCCUGAGAUGCUAGGAGAGGAGCCACUGCUGGAGGUGGAGGGGGUGGAGGGCCCCAUGUGGGCAGCUAUCCCCAUGCAGUCGGACCCCCAGUAUGCAGACUGUGCUGUCCUCCCAGUGGGUGCCGUGGCCCCAGAGCAGUGGGAAGAGGACCCGGCGGUGUUGGCCUGGAGCAUAGCACCUGAGCCUGUGCCCCAGGAAGAGGCUCCCAUCUGGCCCUUUGAGGGCCUGGGGCAGUUGCAGCCUCCCCCAAUGGAAAUACCAUAUCAUGAAAUUCUGUGGCGAGAAUGGGAGGAUUUCUCCACCCAGCCAGAUGCUCAGGGCCUGAAGGCAGGAGAUGGCCCUCAGUUCCAGUUCACUCUGAUGUCUUAUAACAUCCUGGCUCAGGACCUGAUGCAGCAGAGCUCAGAGCUCUAUCUGCAUUGCCAUCCGGACAUCCUCAAUUGGAGCUAUCGCUUCGUGAACCUCAUGCAGGAAUUCCAGCACUGGGACCCCGAUAUCCUGUGUCUCCAGGAAGUCCAGGAAGAUCAUUACUGGGAGCAGCUGGAACCCUCUCUGCGAAUGAUGGGCUUUACCUGUUUCUACAAGAGGAGGACUGGGUGUAAAACCGAUGGCUGUGCUGUCUGCUACAAGCCUACCAGAUUCCGUCUGCUCUGUGCCAGCCCUGUGGAGUACUUCCGGCCUGGCUUGGAGCUACUUAAUCGGGAUAAUGUGGGCUUAGUGUUGCUACUGCAGCCACUCAUCCCAGAAGGCCUGGGGCAAGUCUCGGUGGCCCCGCUGUGUGUGGCAAAUACCCAUAUCCUUUACAACCCACGCCGGGGUGAUGUCAAGCUGGCCCAGAUGGCCAUUCUCCUGGCGGAAGUGGACAAGGUGGCCAGACUGUCAGAUGGCAGCCACUGCCCCAUCAUCUUGUGCGGGGACCUAAAUUCUGUCCCUGAUUCACCUCUCUACAACUUCAUCAGGGAUGGAGAGCUCCAGUACCAUGGGAUGCCAGCCUGGAAGGUAUCUGGACAGGAAGACUUCUCCCAUCAGCUUUACCAGAGGAAGCUGCAGGCCCCACUGUGGCCCAGCUCCCUGGGCAUCACUGAUUGCUGUCAGUAUGUCACCUCCUGUCACCCCAAGAGAUCAGAGAGACGCAAGUAUGGCCGAGACUUCCUGCUACGUUUCCGCUUCUGCAGCAUCGCUUGUCAGCGACCAGUAGGACUGGUCCUCAUGGAAGGAGUGACAGAUACUAAGCCAGAGCGACCUGCGGGUUGGGCUGAGUCUGUCCUUGAGGAAGACACAUCGGAGCUUGAGCCUGCCUUCUCCAGGACUGUAGGUACCAUCCAGCACUGCCUCCACCUGACGUCAGUAUAUACCCACUUCCUGCCCCAGCGUGGCCGCCCAGAGGUCACUACAAUGCCAUUGGGUCUUGGAAUGACAGUAGAUUACAUCUUCUUCUCAGCUGAGUCCUAUGAGAAUGGGAACAGAACUGAUCACAGGCUGUAUCGAGAUGGAACUCUCAAGCUCCUGGGUCGUCUCUCCCUUCUCUCUGAAGAGAUUCUCUGGGCUGCCAAUGGCUUACCCAACCCCUUCUGCUCUUCAGACCACCUCUGCCUGCUAGCCAGCUUCGGGAUGGAAGUCACCGCCCCAUGACAGGGCUCCCAGGGGAAGAGAGCUUCUCUUCCAGAAGAGCUCACUGGAUCAGAGACUGUGGAAAAAUCCCAUGCAUCUAGAAACUUAGAUCCAAGAAACUUACAUCCCUUCCCUUCCCCCUCCUUGUUCCCUUUUCCCCAUGGUUAGAUUUUCUCCAGGCCUGGCCGCGUUCUCUGCCUGUGGUCCUUGCCCCACCCCAACCUCUUCCUAAUCCUGUGCCACACACUCAGUGGCCCUGGGAGAGGCAGAAGGGGGGUUCCCCCUUCCUUCCAUGUAUCCAGCGCUCCCCCUUGAUUUUUAAUUACCAGGGUUGUGGGAGUUCUUGAUUUCAUUGGUUAUUUGCUUUCAGGCCGUUUCUUGGUGUACCUUCUGACCUGACCUUUUCCCUGCCUUCAGGACUUUUGGGCCCAGCUCUCUUGCCAGACAUGCACAUGUGAGAUAUGCAUAUCAUGUAUGUGUCCUCUUGGGGUGAGACUGUUCUGCACAGCCAUGCCUGCCUCUGACCAGUCCACUUUUCAUGUUGGGGCUGUAGGCCUAGGGGCAGGUUCAGAGUCUACCCAAGUACCUGUGUAUGAGCAGGCAGCAGCAGGGAAUGGCCCCAUCUCUCCUUUUAGCCUGUUUCAUUAGGCAUUCAUCCUACCAACCAGGGCAGGCCCGGCAUCUGGGCUCUGGGAACAAAUGGGGCCCACAUCCUGGAGUGGCAAAUUUUGGGGGAUGCACUACCUGUCCCAGCGGGCCCUGUGCCUCCAACCUAGAGCUCCCCACAGACCUGGUGUAAUUUCUCAAGGGCCAUCCCUUUCCCCAGGCUUCCCUGAGGGAGGCGGAAGUUUGAACCCUUAUGUGGGGUUCACUGGGCUAGGGUAGUGGUAUGAGGUUUGAAACUAUUUAAGGAUUAGGAGAAGAAAGAGUCUUCAGGAAACUCUUGUUUCACUGGACUCUGCCGCCUGCAGAACUGGGGCAAGGGUAGGAGUUCCAGUAGGGGAAGGAGCAGGUAGACUCUGCAGCUGCCUCAGCUGGGACUGAAGACCUAAGCUGAUUGUCUUUCCUCUCCACUCCUAAGAAGCAAUUUUCUGUUCCUCUCCUUCCACCACUUUUUACUUUCUGCUAUCUCCUGUCUCCCAUUUCCCUUCCAUUUCCUUUCUAGAAAACCCUGGUAUUUAGCUCAGGCCAAACUGCCUCAGCAGAAAGGUGGCCUUGGACAAAACUGGUCCAAGAAUUUGAAGUGGCAGUGCUUGCGGAUUGGCUGUGUCCAGCAAGGCCUCAGCUGCUUGUUGCCUCUGCUUUCCCUCCCCUAACAGAAGGGUACCCUGGCUUAUUCAGGGGACUCCUUAGUCCACACUGUGUCGCCUGCAUGCCUUAAUCUUUCAUUGCUGGGGUGUGGCCUUGGGAGAUCCUGGGCCAGCCCCUCCACACAUCUCCCUAAGUCAGAGUGGCUGCUGGCCCUGGUAGAUUUGACUUGGUCUUGCCUCAGUCGACCUCCAAAGUGGGACUGAAGACAGUGGUCAAGAGACUUGAGUUCGGGACAGUGAGCCAGGGGUUAAGGUUCUUUCCUUUUUUUGAAAGCCAAAGACCCAGUUUGAAUUGUGCUGCUGCAUUCAUGGUUAGAAGCUUUCCAUGCCUAGGUUCUAGGGAAUUUAUUUUUCUAUGUGUAUAUAUUUUUAAACUUUGUUUCCUGGGUACUGGGCAUGUGCCUGUCUGAGCCCCAGGUCUGUCUACACCCCACCAUUCAUUCUGUCUGUCUGUCCCCUGGACACUGCCUAAAAGGGUCUCAAGACAGUGCCCUGUGGGUUCCUAGGACUAGGGCCCAUCACUGUUCUCUUCUGCUGGGAAAUGCAGCUUUAAAAUGGCUAACGACAGCAGAGGGCAGGUGCUUGAUAGAUUAUCUUUUCCUUGCUUUCUUGUUUCUGUUUUGAAAAUGAAAUGGGGUUUUAAAUUGUUAUUUAAACUCUUUUUCCAAAUAAAGGUUUACCUUUUUUUCCCCCAA